CGUUGGAACCAACUUUUAAUGAAGUUUUCUUUAUGGAGUUUCAAAAUGACCUAUACUAACUUGAUGAACGAGAGCUAUGGUGGAAUCUACUCCAGCAAUGGAAUCAACGUGUCUUUCUUGGACCAACUGUUUGCGAAUAUUAGCAACAGCACUUGUACCAACCUUACACUGGAUUCUCAAGUCAUUGGCGUCGGUGUCUUUUUGUCUGUGUUUAUAUUAGUCGCUAUCGUCGGAAACAUCUUGGUUAUUCUUUCUGUGCUUUGCAACCGACAUUUACAAACCGUUACAAAUUUCUUUAUAAUUAACCUUGCUAUAGCCGACUUGCUCCUCAGUAUUAUCGUGCUCCCUUUUUCGGCAUCUUUAGAGGUCCUAGGAUGCUGGGUUUUUGGCAGGGUAUUCUGCAACAUCUGGGCAGCGGUGGACGUACUAUGUUGCACUGCUUCUAUCAUGAGCCUGUGCAUAAUCUCUAUAGACAGAUAUAUCGGAGUGAAAUACUGCUUGAAAUACCCUACAAUCAUGACAGAAAAGAAAGCUGGGGUGAUCCUGGUAGUGGUUUGGGUGUCCUCGAUGGUGAUUUCAAUAGGACCACUGUUAGGAUGGAAGGAACCGCCACCUUUGGACGAAAGCAUCUGCAGCAUUACUGAAGAACCAGGCUAUGCCCUCUUUUCUUCCCUGUUCUCCUUCUACCUCCCGCUCAUGGUCAUCUUAGUCAUGUAUUUCAGGGUUUAUGUCGAAGCCAGAAGGACUACUAAGAGUCUGGAAGCGGGAGUUAAACGGGAGAGAAACAAGUCAAUGGAAGUAGUGCUCCGAAUUCACUGCAGAAGUGUUUUGGAGGACUCCGCGGCAAGUGCAAAGAGUAAGACUCAUCCCUUCCGAAGUUCCCUCUCCGUGCGUUUGAUGAAAUUCUCUCGGGAGAAAAAAGCGGCGAAAACCCUGGCAAUUGUUGUCGGGAUGUUCAUAGUUUGCUGGCUGCCGUUCUUCUUUGUUUUACCACUAGGGUCAUUUUUCCCAGCACUGAAGCCCUCUGGGAUGGUUUUCAAAGUCAUCUUCUGGCUGGGCUACUUCAAUAGCUGCAUCAACCCUGUCAUCUACCCCUGCUCCAGCCAGGAGUUCCAGCGAGCUUUCACCCGGCUCCUCAAGUGCCAAUGCCAGCGGCGGAGAAGGACUCUGCGCCGUUUCUACGACCAGCGGUGGAGGGGAGCAGUCAGGGGCCCGGGGCGGGAGGUCUGUGAGGACUAUAGCCCCCAUUUCUCCCUCCAUGAGUCCUGCCCCAACUCCUUCAUCUGCAAGGGCAAGGGACAGAGCCCGGGCCUCAAGAGGUGGAGCUUCCUCCACCCGCUGCACAAAUCCUCUUUCCAGCUGAAGGAGAAGAUGAACAAUCUUUCCAACCGCAUCAAGAACGGGCCAGGGAAGGGCACCCCACCCACUCCGGGCAAGCCCGAGAUCGACACCAUCUCCAUGGGGAUCUGCAAUGACUAUGUGGACCACAGCGGUUAUCAGGUGUACGAUCUGCCGGAAUGCUAUGGCCUGAAGGAGACUGACAUUUAGAAUGGCUGAGGUUGUCCUCUGCUUAGAUCCAUGAGGGAAAAAGUGAUCUUUUUUUUGGAUCGUAAUCUGUGGAACAGACUCAACAGACAUGCAGAAAACCUGUUCCAUAUUUUAACAAAUAUUUUUAGGAAAGGAGCUUGUGUAGGAAGUGAAGCUUAUAUUUAAGCACAGCAGGGGUGAUUUGGAACAGAAUUUAAUACUAUAUGUGGUGCUUUUUGUUGCUAAAUGUGUAUUCUGUUUGUUUGCGAUGACAACAUUUGAAUAUCUCACAAGUAUUUUCCGUUUACGGUUUACAGAAACAAUACACAAAAAAACAAUUCACAAAUUUAUAAGGAUGCCAACUGAACUAGAGGUUUAUAAUCUAGCAUCUUAACGGUGUCUUUCUUGUUGGACUUCUUUGAUUUUAGUUAGUGGGAGCAACUAGAAGAUCAGUAAGGUGGUGUGAUGCAAAUAGCCACGCUUUAUAUUGUGAGUAAUGAGUGCAAAGGACAGGUGCAUCAUCAGAUUUACUAGUCAGACUUGAGAUGUGACCCAGUAUUAAUGACUUAAAAGAGCACAUUUUGAAAUAUGAGGCAGACACAGAUUAUGGGAAAUAAUUAACCAAUGAUAUGAUUUUAUAUGUUUGUUUGAUGCUACAAUAAAGAGAGGAAGGAAGUAUUAGCCAUUGGUGGAGCCACUUACAGUACAGUAUUUACAUUGAUGAGAAUGUAUAUCAUUAUAUUUGUUUUUGCUGUGAAAUCAAACACCAUCAGACAUUUAUCACUCAUGGAAUCAUUGUAACAAAAAAAAUCAGGAGCAGUAUAAUAAUGAAUAGAUAUGUUUUCAUGAGAAAAACUCAUGGUCAUCCCCACUGGCCACUUUGCGACAGAGAACCAUGAUCAAAAGAGCAACAAUGAUCACAGCGUUGUUUGCUGUUUACCAAAUGCUUCCCCAGCAGAAGUGACUGGAGGGGAUAGUGCCUGAACCCCCUGUUAUCCACAGCCCUCCAGCACAUUCCUUCUUUACAGAACAGAAACAGAGGUACCAGACAAGAUGAAUCAACAGGAAGGAUUAACUGCAUCGACCAAUGUGCAUCACCACAGUCACACGGCAUAGCAUAAUCAUAGUCCCCCGCCCCUUUCCUGGGACACUGACACUGAAGGCAUCUGUGACACAUUGUCCUCAAGCUUUCAAAUUAAUUUACAAACUUAUUUAUGUUUACAACAGGUUGUGUAUUUUAAUAUUUCACAUUUCCUUCAUAGACCAUUGACCAACAGCCCUUCGGACAAUAACUGGGCUUAAUGGAACCUGUGUAUUUGGUGUUGUACCAUGUCUGUUACUUUUAAAUGACUAAGUGUUUUGCAUUUUGUGCUUGCAAUUAAAAGGAGCAGC